AUGACAAUCGUUAAAUCUGUAACUGACUUUUUAAACUUCCAACAGCAGCGUCUAAGUUGUCUGGGUGUCUCUUGCUUCCCCGGCGCCAGAGGAAGAGGUGUGGCUGCUCUCCGGCCAAUUAGCAAAGGAGAGUUGCUUCUUAAAGUUCCAAAAUCUGCCUUAAUCACAACUGACUCUCUUCUUUCAAGAGAUGAAACUUUGUCUCUUGCACUCAAAUCCCAUCUUUCUCACUCUUCUACCCAGGUAUUCACUGUUUGUUUGUUAUAUGAAAUCAGUAAAGGAAAGGCUUCUCCAUGGCACCCUUAUUUUCUGCACUUGCCUCGUAGUUAUUCCAUACUCGCCGCUUUCGGUGAACUUGAAACGCAAGCCUUGCAAGUGGAUUAUGCCAUCUGGGCUGCUCAGAAAGCUGUCACAAAAGCUAAAUACGAGUGGGAACAAGCCUUCACUCUCAUGAAAGAACUUAAGCUGAAGCCUCCACUUCUCACUUUCAGGGCUUGGAUUUGGGCUACUGGGACUACUGCUGCUUUAAAGUAUCUGUAUGGAUGGUUACAUCAUCACCCAAAGUAUGGUACUCUUGCGCCAUCGGAGCUUGCUAAUUCUUUGUAUUAUGCAUAUGCACUAGAUUUGAAGCCAAACUAUGUGCGUGCUUGGGCAAACAUGGGUAUCAGUUACGCCAACCAGGUUUGAGUUUUUGUUGGAUGCAUGGUUCAGGAUUAGCUGAAUUCAUGCAUAGUGACGACUUGUUUGAGCUAAUUACUGAUCUUAAAAUGUGCAUUCUAUCAUUAUUUUGUUCUAUUUGUAUUUUGUUAGAUUUUUGGUGUAGUAUGAUAAGUGCGGCAUUUUGUUUGAUUGUUAUUGAUAAACUUUCUAUUUGGUGGGAUAUAUAUUUAUAUCAUAGAUAUUAUUCUUCUUAAUAUUUUGAAAAUAAA